AUGGAAGGCCCUUUGCAAACUUCCAUUCACGUGUGCCAUGAAAAUGGUCAGUGGAUGUCACGGUUACCAGAAAAGCUGUGGGAUAUUCCCCUCUAUAACUUAGCCCUUCCAGGGAGUCACGACACUAUGACCUACUGCUUGGAUAAAAACUCUGCUGUUAGUGGCAAUGAAUCCAAGCUGGUGAAGUUUUUAAACAAAUGUAUGCCCUGCAUUGUGCACCCCAUUAUCAUGAAGUGGUCUACAACACAGGUACUGACUGUGACGGAGCAACUUGAGGCUGGAGUUAGAUAUCUGGAUUUCAGGAUUGCCCACAAGGCCAGCGAUCCAUCUAUGAAUUUGUACUUUGUGCAUAUGGUUUACACAACUGUUACUGUACAGGAUAUUCUGUGGGAAGUGUUAAGGUGGCUGGAAACUCAUCCUCAGGAAAUUGUUAUCUUAGCCUGCAGGAAUUUUGAUGGAUUAACCAAGAAACUUCAUUGUCAUCUUAUUACCUGUAUAAAAGAGAUUUUCCAGUGUAAACUGUGUCCCAGAAAUGUGGUGCCGACGCUGCGGACCAUGUGGCAGCGUGGCCAUCAGCUUAUAGUCUCGUACGAAGAGGACGUGGAAGUGGAGGAGCACUGUGAGCUGUGGCCCGCGAUCCCAUACUGGUGGGGAAACAAAACUGCCACUCGCACUCUUAUCCAGUAUUUAGAGCGCAUGAAGCGGAUAGGCCGUCCAGAAAAAUUCUUUGUAGCAGGGAUUAACCUUACUGAAAAUUUAAGGUAUAUUCUCUUACACCCAUUUGGAUCGUUGAAGAAAAUGACACUCCAGAGUCUUCCAUGCUUGAAAAUCUGGAUAAAGCAGCAGUAUCCAGGACCAAAAAAAGAAUGUAUUAACAUCGUUGCUGGAGACUUCAUAGGAAACGAUGACUUUGUCAAAGAUGUGAUAGACCUUAACACAAAAAUUAAUCCUCCGUUAUACUGUCAAAGUAAAGGGGCUGGAACAAACAGCAUUUCAUUCUCAGCUUCUUAA